AUGAGGGGACCAAGGUUGUGGGAUGGGAGCAGGAGUGAGGAGGAGGGUAGGGAGAGGAUGAGGACACCACAGCAGGACAGGGGAGAUCCCCAUCCCACUCACCCCCACAGAGAAGGCAGCUCAGUUGUGGAUGGUCAGAUGCCCCGUCUCCCACUGCCAAUUUCCGGCCCCUACCAGCAUGGAGCAAGUGGCAGCCGCUGCAGCAGCAGCAGCAGGGUAACAGGAGGAAAGGUGGCCUGACAGCUGAUAGCCUAUGUAGCAGACUGUGGCACCGGGUAUACAAAACCAGCAUAUGUCCAAAAUAAAGAAUCUCCAUUUACCAUCCCUUCCUGUACUGCCAUCAAUAACUCAGCAAAAGUGGGUGAUCAAGUUCAAAGGAGGAUGAUGAAACAUGCUGAUGACCUAGACAUCUUUACUGGUGAUGAAGCACUGGAAACCUACAUAUACAACAAAAAGCCCAUCCAUCAUGGUCUAGUUGAAGAUUAGAACUCGAUGGAAAGCUUUAUAGAGCAAGUGAUCUUUAAAUAUUUAAGGGCAGGACCUGAAGACUAUUAUUUUCUUUUGACUGGGCCUCCACUGAAUACUCCAGAAAGCAAGGAAUACACUCCUGAAAUAGUGUUUGAGUCCUUCAAUGCAGGUUUGUACAUUGCUGUGCAGGUUGUUCUUGUAACUACAUCCUGGACCACAAGACAAAUAGGAGAAUAGAUGUAGACAAGUAGAAACGGUGUCACUCAUGGCAUUUCUGCGCCUGAAGGGUAUGUGAUUGGCAGCUGUAUUAAACACAUUCCAAUUGCAGGAUGAGCUAUAACAUAUUUUAUUCAGCAACUACUGAGAGACCAAGAAGUAGGAAUCCCUCCAGAGCAAUCCCUGGAAACUACUAAGGCAGUAAAGGAGCACUAUAGUUAUGCUAGCUCAGAUUUAAAAAAUAAUUUAAAAAAUAAAUUAAAAAAUAAGAUUCUCUGGGAUACGGAAAGGGUCAACACACUGUUGACUGCGUUUAUCCUGACAGGAAUUCCUUAUCCACUCAGGCUGAGGACACUCUUUUUUGUGUUCUUUUUGCUAAUCUACAUCCUGACUCAGCUGGGAAACCUGCUUAUUUUAAUCACUGUCUGGGCAGACCCGAGGCUCCAUGCCCGCCCCAUGUACAUCUUUCUUGGUGUUCUCUCAGUCAUUGACAUGGGCAUCUCCUCCAUCAUCGUCCCUCGCCUCAUGAUGAACUUCACUUUAGGCGUCAAAUCCAUCCCAUUUGGUGGCUGUGUUGCUCAACUCUAUUUCUAUCACUUCCUGGGCAGCACCCAGUGCUUCCUCUACACCCUGAUGGCCUAUGACAGGUACCUGGCCAUAUGUCAGCCCCUGCACUACCCUGUGCUUAUGACUGCUAAGCUGAGUGCCUUGCUUGUGGCUGGAGCCUGGGUGGCAGGAUCCAUCCAUGGGGCUCUCCAGGUCACCCUAACCUUCCGCUUGCCCUACUGUGGGCCCAAUCAGGUGGAUUACUUCUUCUGUGACAUCCCUGCAGUGUUGAGACUGGCCUGUGCUGACACAACAGUCAAUGAGCUGGUGACCUUUGUGGACAUUGGGGUGGUGGUUGCCAGUUGCUUCUUCCUGAUCCUCCUGUCCUACAUACUGAUCAUUCAGGCCAUCCUGAGAAUCCAUACAGCUGAUGGGCGGCGCCGGGCUUUUUCAACCUGUGGAGCACAUGUAACCGUGGUCACCGUGUACUAUGUGCCCUGUGCCUUCAUCUACCUGAGGCCUGAAACCAACAGCCCCCUGGAUGGGGCAGCUGCUCUGUUCCCCACGGCCAUUACUCCUUUCCUCAAUCCCCUUAUCUACACUCUGCGGAAUCAAGAGGUGAAGCUGGCCCUGAAAACAAUGCUCAGAAGCCCAAGAACUAUGAGUGAGGUUUGA